UGGGGUCCAGUGGCAUUGUCAGCUGGCACUGCGGAGCCAGCAGCAGCAUGGACAAGGCUGGGGCAGAUGUGUGGGCGGACACCUUCACCCAGCUGAUGGCCCAGAAGAAGCCCCAGGACCUCUGGGUUCUGCACCCUGAGGAGAGCCUGGUCGCUGGGGACCUGGAGGGUGGCGGUCUCCAGUUCCAGCUGAAAGGGCUUUCAAGGCUCCAGUGCAGCCGCUGCCUGUGGACCUGGGGCUCUGCCCACGUGCACACCCUCUUCCACCUGUGCUGGGACGGGGACAGUGGCCAGGGGCUGGUGAGGAUGCGUGUGUGGGGCCAGCGGUGCAGGCUGUGCCCCUUGGACACCCUGGCAGAGUGCCAGGUGAGCCCUGCCAGUGUCCACAUCUUCCUCAGCAAGCUGGUCUUGUUCAUCCUAUGGAAAUGCUAUGGGGACAGCAGCGACCCAGGGCAGUGCCCUGAGAUCGGCCUCGGGGACUGCUGUGAGGCUUGUGAUCUAGGGCUCUGUUUCCUGCAGCCAGUGCCCGACCCUGCCAAGGGGCCUGUGGUCAAGAGCAUCAGUGCCAGGAAGGGCAGGCACGCUGUGAAGGGCUGUGGCUCUGCCACAGAGGCCAGUGGUCAGCAGCUGUUCAUCCACAGCGAUGGCCCCACACCUGCCACCGUCCCCCUUCUGGUUGUUGACUUCAGUGAGGACCUGUCUCCCGAGAGUGAUGGCUUCCUCAGUGGGGGUGAGGGCACUAUAACCAUCUCUUUCUCCCUUGGAGGUGGCCACUGGAAGGGCUCCCUUCCAACAGCUGGUGGCCACCAGCCACCCAUAAUUGGCCAGGGCUCCAUCUGCCUCUCUGGAAGCUCUGUGGCCGGGUCUGAGCACAAAGGCACCCCUGUGAACCUCAGUGCCCCCAUCUUCCACCGCCGAGGGCUGCCGGGCAGUAUCCAGAGGGCCUUUGCAUUGAGAGGCUUCCUCUUCAAGGGCCAGGGCUUUGUCCUGAUCCCCAGUAGCAGGGCCUUCAGCCAUGGCCCUGUCACUCCUGGGAGAGACCCACCCCUAGUGUCCUAUAUCAUUGGCCUCAUGGCUAAUGGGGAGGGCUCCAUCACUUUCCCCUUGUCCUUGGCCAGUGUCAUCAGAGGCCAGGACAUGGUCACUGACUUCACCCAGGGCAAAGGGCAGGAAGGCAGGCAGAGCUCUGUCACUCACGGGGAAAACCACAUUGAGGACCCCACUGUCAGCGCAGAGGGCUCUGUCACCUUCCCCUUCAUUGUUACUGGUGAUACCAGCGAUGAAGACCCUCUUAUUAACAUGGUUGAGGCUGAAGAAGAGCAACAGGGCCAGGACCUGGUCACUGCUGGCCACACCCUACUUCUGGAGAGUGGAGCAGCUGGUUCUGUCCCCAUCAGCCAGGGCUCCCUCACCAUCCCCUUCUCAGUCUUUGGUAUCAUAAAGCACAAGGGCCCCAGCUAUAUGGUCAGCGGUCUCCAAAGCAAUGGCUUGGUCACCUACAGCUACUAUCAGAAGAGACGGCUGAGGUCCAGGCCUGUCAAGUCCAGGUGUGGCACCCACCAGGAGGAGGACUUCUGCUCCCACAGGUGCCCUCGAAGGCAGCGCACUAAGCCCUCGGAGGACUUCUGGAUCUGCAUCUCCUUGACCAUCUGCAUCUUGUGGCUUCUGUGCAUGUACAGGCUGAACCUCGGAGGCCUCUAAGCCGGACCGCUCCCUCUGGCGUCUAUGUGGCUGCGCUAGCAGGCAUGGCUGGCUACCCUCCUCUGAGACCACCCGGCUGCCAGCCAGUGCCCACUGAUCUCCCCCAUCUGUUCUCUUUUUUGACUCCAGUGCUGGUUUAGGGUGUCUAUUGUGAGUGAUCUGACCUGUGCUUGUUUGUUCCGGAGUUUAUUUGUGUCAAACUCCAAUAAAACGAAAGGAAAAAAAACCCCAAAACAAAAAACGGUCACUCUGCUCCCCCAAUAGGACUGAGGGGUAAGCAGGUGGAUUCCCGUGCCUGGGGAGGGGCUCUCCUCCAUCUCUCCCUCCUCCCUUUAGGGACCUCCUGCACUGCACCCCACCUUGCUUCCUUUUUCCGGAGGCCCCGCGAGCUCCUGACUGUGUGCAUAUUUUGCAUUGGGACAGGAACCUGGGAAGAGGUGUGGGGAGUGGCCACGCAGGAGGGUCAUGCCCGCACCUUCAGAUGACGUCAGCGGGGGCACACCUCCUGAAACCCAGUUCCCUUCCCCGCACUGCGGGCCCUGGUCCCUGGUCCGGUGCGCGGACUUGCAGCAGGCUCGGCUCCCGUCCCCAGCUGUGCAGCCGGGCUGACGACCGACCCGGAGCCUCCCCUCUGAGACCCCCACCCAACCAGCGCACCCUCUGCCCCGUCCUUUCUCCCUGCAGUCCUUCGGGACGACCCCGCAGGGCCGGGUAAUGAGGCCCGCACACCCCUCCGCGCAACCUGUCCCCAAAGGGCUAUCAUCUGGGCAGGGCAGGGACUCCAGCCUGUGAUCCCUCCGCAUGGCCCAGGAUCGGGCCCACCUUGCCUGCGGGGGGCUCCAGGACAGAUGAGGGGAGGGCGCUGCCGGCGCACACCGGGGCCACAAGCUCUAGUCCCACCCCGCGGCCGCCAAGUCCCCCGAACCCGACCAGCCCGGACCCGGGACCUGUCGCGGGCCUCUUGGGAGGACCUCCUCCAGUUCUGGGCAGCGGGACUGAAGCUGGCCCCCGCCUGGGCACUUGGCGAGGAAGCUGGAUGACCCUCUGCAGCACAGCCAGGCUCAGAUGCCCUUUGUGGAAGUGUUCCAUACAAAAUGUGUUCGCUGCUUUUCUCUUAGUUGAAAAUCCAGAGGACAGCUUACUCACUGCUGUUGCAGAAUUUGUCUGCAUGCUAGCCCAGUCCCCAUCUGCAAGAGUGGCCUGAAAUUGCCUUCUGAAAAGUUCCAUGGGGGCCCUCCUGAGAAGGGUGGGGAGGGAGUCUGAGACAAGGCAGAUGGCCAUGGAUAUGUCCUUCUGGUGGGGUCUGGAGUGGCCUGCUCUGCUGCCACCUUGCAUGAAGGUAAGGAAGGGAGUCUGCGACAGGUAGGAGCAACUGGAAUAAGGGGUGAUUUUUCACAGCUGCCUCCAGCUCUGCAUUUCUGCUAUGCAGCAGCAUGGGGAGCAUCUGCUGGCUACUGUCCCUCCCAGCAUAUGUCCAGCGGCAGCAGCAGCAACAUUGACUGCAGGCCUCUUGGCCAGGCAGGGCUGUGAGUGGCUGUUCUGCAGGGGAGGUGAAGGAUGGAGUCCUCUGGUUCUCCAGUGGAUGGUACACGGGAAGGGAAGGGAGUAAGGGAGGGGAGUGCGUCAGUCUGAACUGAGGUUGCAGGACAGACCCACAGGGUGCCAGGUAGCUCAAUGACUUGUAUCCCAUAGGCCCAGGGUUGUGGGUGCCAGGAAUUCUGAUCCCUGGUUACAGGGGUCGGGGAAGAGAUCCAGACCUGUCCCAAGCAGGCUGUCUCUCUCCACUGCACACCUGCAGCAGGUGGGCGCAGGUGCCUUCUUCUGCUCUCCCAACACUCAGGUCUGGCCUUGGGCAGAUGCACAAUCUAGGAGGGCUGCUUCUACCUCCAGAGGCAGCAUCUAGGGAGCCCCACGUGGAGGGUGCCUGCCACCUCUGGGUUCACCUGAGGCCCAGGGACAGCUAGGCACUCACCCUUUGGUCCACCCUCCCAAUGUCCUGCUUGUCCCUCCAUCCCUCUGUCCUCCACAGCUGGGAACCACUCACUGGGUAACACUGGAGGCAAAGGUGGCCCAGCCCAGAAAGCCUUUUCUAUUUUUCUUUAAGCUGCAUCUGAAGCGGUUACUCUGUGAGGGCUAACACUGGGUGACAAACAGCCCUCACCCUCGGGGCCUCCACACUGUGCUGGGGAUCUAGCAGGGUGUGUGGGGAGGUCUGGUGAUGUUUUCCUCUGCAUGUCCUUGACAGCUAGGGAGUCAAAGACCCUUUCAGGGCCCACUGGCCACUGUUCAGCCUCCUCCCCUCAGACCUUGUUAGCUGCAUCUCACACAUUUUGGCUGACAUUUUGAUUACUGUUUGGCAUGUUUUCUGAUUUCCUUGUGAUUUCUUCUUUGACCCAUGAUGCCUAUCUAGCAUCAUCUUGUUGAUCUGGAGAUUCUGUGAAUGACCUGUCGUUAAUUCCACUUUGCCCAGGGAAUGAGUGCAGCAUCUCGCUCCCGAAAUGGAGAUGUGCUCUUCUGGCCUGACACAGGCUGUGUCCUGCCUGAUGCAUGUUCCUCAUGCACUUAAGAUCUGCAUUCUCUGAAGCUGGAGGAAGUGCUUUCCAGAUCUUCUGACUUGCUGAGUCUCAUGUGCUUGUCUAGCCAGUAACCGAGAGGUGGUGACCACCGACUGUGACUGAGUCUAGUUUUCAUUUCUGUUCAGUUCUAUUUUUACUUCAUACAUUUUGCAGCUGUUAUGAGAUUCUUCAGUACUGAGAGUUCUGUGUUUUCCUGACAAGCUGGCCCUUUGCCACGGUGGAAGGGCCUCUCUGUCUCUGGGAAUGUGCCCUGGCUGGAUGUCAGUGCUCCUCCGCUGGUGCCUGUGCGGCCUCCCUGGCUUACACAGCCCUGGUGCGCGGCCUUCUGAGUGAGAUCCUGGAGAUGCAGGCAGCUGGCUUUUCCUGCCUUUUGUUUGAGAUGUGUCUACUUCCAUUUCACGUAGUUAUGGACACAGUUCACUUUGAACCCUGAUUUGUCUUUAUUUGUCUUGGUUCUUUGUUCCUGUGUUCCUCCAUCCCUGCCUUUUCUGGGUCAGCUGACUGUUUUUUAGACUGUUGAGCAUUGCUGAUCUUGAAAUCUGAAUUCCGAAGCCUUCUAGUGCUGAUGUGACACCAAGUGGAAGAGGCCACCACGCGGAUCUGUUUCCUGCACAAGACGACUACCAAUGUGGAGCAAGGUCACCUGAGCCCAUAAAGUAUAUGAAACACAAAGCCAUCUUGUUUUGACUUGGAUCCCAACCACAAGACCUCUCAUCAUGUGUGUGAAGAUUCCAAAAUCUGAAAAAGCUUUCAGUCCACACUAUUUCUGGUCCUAAUCACCGUGUACCUCAUUUACUCCUCUAUUGGCCUUUUACUUAAACUUCUUGGUGUUACCCUUCUGGGAAGUUUUUCUAGGGCUACACAUGCAUCUGGAUCCACGACUUUGUAGAAGAUGUGGGGACUUUCCACAGGACACUUGCACUGCCCCCUUUGCUGUUGCCCUCUGACUCCCCAGAGCCUGUGAACUCCACUUUUACUUAAACACUCCCCUUGCCUUUUACAGAAGCCAGGGGUUGCCUUGGGUCCUUAAGCUGGGACGUCGCCAGUGUACAUGUUUUCUUGGUGACAAGGCCAGGGAAGCCAGCAGAAGAGGCAGGCUGGGGGUGGCCCCUCCCCUGCAGCGGGAGCCAGGGCGCCUCGCCCUGCUUCCCUAGGCUUCCUUGGCUCCUUCACCAUAUUUCUCUUCUUUGGGUUGGAAACUUCCUGUCCAUCUGCCGUGUUCGCUAGCCAUUUCCUCUCGCUCCUAGGCAUUGUGCCCUUAGGUUCCAGAAGUCCACGGGGUUCCUCCAGUUUCCAUUUUGGGUCCUAUGCGCUGGGAGGUCCCUCGGAACCCAGGACCUGAAUGGCCGGCUUCCGUGGGCGUGGCCCUUGUGUGGGCGUGGCCAGACGCUUGGAACUGGAGGCUGCUAGGCAAGUCCUUGUAGCUCUACAAGGCUGCCAGGUUUUGUUUGGGACUAAAACACCCAGGGCUCACUUCAGGGGAGCUGGGCUGCGUAAAAUAACCACACAAGAGACACAAAUACCUUUUUCUUUGGGGUUGCUGUGAUGGCUCCUCUGACCUUAAGGGUCUGCAGAGAGAGAGAGAGAGAGAGAGAGCACCCACACAUGCUGACCCCUUUUAUUGAGGAGAUGCUAUUCAAAUUAGGCAAGGGGUCAGGUUUCAGGGGGCUGAGUCUAUCUUCAUGAUGUCCACUGUCAGCAGGUUGACUGACAUUUAGGUAGGCCACACUCAAGGGCACAGUAAGAUAAAGGGACACACAAAAGGCACUUCCAUGGAACAUUCUAUCCCAAACACGGGCAAGGGGUAAUAUUACAAAGGAACAGGUGAGCAUAGCUCCACCCAUGGGGCGGUAAGAAGGCACACCCAUGUACAAGACACUGGUCCCUCAAACCCAAGAAGGACGGGGCAUCUAGAGGUGUGCUGCUGCCUGAGGCCUCAAUCACCCAGCCGGGGAGUGACUCAGUCCCAUGCAAGGUGGGUCCCCACACAAGGCCUUACCUGGACCUGCAGGGCACAUGGGGGUUGCUUCCUCGGGCGUGGCUUUCAGGGCAGUCUCUGCUGCUGCUUUGCAGGCUCGCUACUGUCCUAAGAACCAGCAUCUUGGCAGACGCUUGUGAUGCUCUCCCGCCCCUUGGGGUGCCGUAUGCAGGAGCAGCAGAAAGCUGGGAUGUGGCUCACAGGCCCCGUCAUCACCAGUGGCCAAGAACCACUGCCCCUGCAUCUGAGCUCCUCUCCCCCACUGCCCCCAUUUGGCAGCCAGCCGAGUGGACGUGCUUGCUCCCAGGCUGUGAUGGUAAAAGCCGGCAGCUUGCUAGUGCCCUGACAGCAGAAAAAUGGCCAUGAGUAUACACGUGGAAAUGCUGUAGACCAAGCACACGUGGCUUCUGCGCAGAGGCACAGAGUAAUCCAGCUUCCGCCAUCGGGGUGGGCAUGCGGCUCAGGCCCCCACAUUACUGCUGAUUCAAGAGCCGCUGGGAGAGGAAUGCACACUGCUUCUCUGUGUUCUUCCCACAGUGCAUUCAGCAUAUCCCUUUGUGUGGCUUUCCCAGCCAGCUCUGCUCCUGGGCAAUGAUUCUGAGCAUGUCCUUCAUAGCUGCAUCCUAAGCAGUACAGACCUAAUGAUCAAGCAGAUGAGGGUUGGUGAUUUAGCAUGUUCCAACUGCAGGCGCAAGCUGUUGGGGUGUGUGGAGGAAGGGCUGGUCUUCGAUGAAUAGACCUUCAGAGAGGCUGGGCAGAGUACCCUCUAUAUGGUCAAGAGCAAUCUCCAUGCCAGGACUUCUCCAGCAUUCCCUGGGGGUCUUGGCUUUGGGUCGCCUAUGUCCUGCUGUACAUAUGACGUGCUUGACCUCUUGUCCCAUAGAUCUGGCUGCUCCAAGAAGGGUGUAGUAUCCUCCCCUCCCAGGGGUGUCCUCAUGUAAAGCUCAUGACAGGUCCCGAAUUGGAGGCCAAGCCCUGUUGACUCAGAGUUGGCCUGAGGAAGGAGGAGGACGGAGCUCUGUUGUCUGCUCUUCACAGGGCAGUGCCACAGAAUCCCCUGCCACCAGUCUGGCUUGAGAAACUCCAAAGUCCUCCCUAAAUAUUCACCCCUCAGCCCCCUGUGCAGUGCGUCUAGUGUUCUCAGUGCUGUGGGACCUCAAGAUCUCCACCUAACUUGGUUCCAGUUCUUGUUUUUCAUAUGGACCCUGUAGGCCUGGUCACCUCCCUCAUGUUCCUUUGCCAGCCAGGGGGUUGGUGUGGCUCCAUUCUCUGCUAUGGAGGCUGGAGUGCAAGCUGGGGAAGAAGAGAGGCGUGGGGAUAUGGCUGCAUCCCCUACCCCACCACAGGUGCCCCUGCUUCUUCAGUGCCCCCACUAACCCGCUGUGCCCUCCUGUGCAAGUUCAGCCUCAGCACCCCCUCCUCAGAGCACCUUGCCCUCCCUCUGCUUCCUGACUCUUCCAGCUCUCUUCCUGAAAUCUCGAGCGCAUCCCGGGGCCGCACACCUGGGUGACUCUCAAUAAUGGCUAUUCUUACUUCCCUGGAGACCAGAAGCCUACUCUCGGGGUGCUGGUAGGGCUAGCUCCUUCCAGGUCCAAGGAGAACCUGCCCAGGCUCUGCUCCCUAAGGAGGUGCCACUAGUGGGGACACCAGUGAUUGGCAGGUAGACUUGCCUCUUGAAGUCUGCCCUGCCUACGGCCCUUAUCAUCACCUGUCAUUGCAUCUAGGGUCCAACCCAAUCCAGAACACUGUCUUCUUGAGAACUGUCAUUACAUCACAAAGGCCCUCACUCCAAAUAAGGCCAUGUUCAUGGGCUCCCCAUGGACACAGCCUCUCUUCUGGGGACCACCAUUUAACCUUCUGGGUGCUCAUGAUAGAUGGCCUAGCUUUAGAGAGCUAUGGGGGACCCCUGGCUCUGCUCCCCAGGGGAGGGGCUUCUGCUCUGGGCUGUGUGGCUGCUGGGCUGGAGGCUGGCCCUGCUGUGCCCUUCCAGGUCCUGUUGGCUCAGGCAGGCCACUUCCUCACUGCCCCUCACUGGCCUUGUCUCACAUCCGUGUCCUUCAUUCUGGGCAAAUGGCAGCAUGUUCUGGGUGGCCUGGUGUGUGGGCCAUCCUGUCUGGGCCUGCUCCCCUGGGUGUGGGCCCUCUGUUUCCAGAGGUCUCUCUGGGGGUGAGUGGGAGCAGGGAAGUGGACCCCUGGUGCACAUGUGUCUUGCAGCACCUCAGGCUGUCUGCCAGAUACCACUUUUGGACUGUGCUGUGGUAUUUUCUAGAACUGGGAGUGCUCUGAGCCCUGGCACAUGUUGGGCAAGGGACUAUGGUGCCCCUUUCUUCUCAAAAAGGUGGAUGCUGAGGUCCAGAGUGGAGGAUGUGGCCAGCCCCAGGGCAGUUGCCCUUGAGAGUCUGUCCUCUCAUCCCCACCUGGUCCAGUGCAGGAUUCUAGGUUAUAUUUAAAUACCAACGGUAUUGAAUUUGGCAAAGUUUAGUGGAAGUUACGGAAAUCCUCUGAAAGAUUUAUCAGAAGGAAAUCAGGAGCAGGCUACCGUGGUCCUGUGGUUCAAAACUAAACAGGAGGCAUGAAAAGUGAUGUCUAGUUUAGAAAAGCAUGAGCAGGACUGGGUGGGGGGUAGUGGGGGCCCCUGUAGUCCUGCGUAACCACCAGUGUCCUCUGCUGUGUGUGGCAGCUUGGAGCCAGUGCCCUGAGGGAGAACUGGGGCAAGAACAUAGUGACCAAUGAGCGAGGGGCAAGAAUGCCACAAAACAGAGGGGAGAGCCCUGUCUCCUCCAAGCUCUGUCCCAGUCCCCAUAGGAGUUCCCACCCAGCAGUGCCCGGGGGACCCCACUCGUCUCCUCCCUCCUUCUUGCCUCUGCUGGUCCUGAAAGCUUCAGCUACUAUGAGCAGCUUCCUCAGACAGAGACGUCCUCUCUGGUCUUUCUGUCCUCACCAGUGUUACUGCUGUUUACCGGUGACGAGUUCUUGCUUCCCCAAUGCUGAAGAUAACACCAGAGAAGCAAGCCGAGGCAAGGUCAGAGUGGAAAGUAAAGCUUUAUUAAAGGGCAGCAGAAAAUUUUUCUCCCCGGAGGAAGAAGGGGACCAAGAGGUGGAAUCCGUGGAAGGGGGAGGUCUUCCCUUUUUUUAUAGCUAAGGUCUUCUUUCAGCUUCCUGCAUUCCUGUCACACUCCUGUCCUUUGUUCUGUCAUCUUGCAGUGAUGGAAUGUAGGUGGGAAGGAGUAAUCUGGGCAGGGAGGGCUUUUGGGUUGCAUCUCCCUGUUUGCUGGGAGCUGCUUCAUUAACAUUUCCUUGGGAUAGGCUCUGGGCCUUGGGGACUUUUUCAACUCCCCCUUUCCUGGACUCCAUUCUCAACAUGGCCUUCAUUCCUGAUUUUACUCCAUAUUAGACCCGAUUUACCUAACUACACUAGCUCCCUAUCUGUAAGUCUGGCUUCACCAUCUCCGAGACCAGGACUGCCUUUCUCUGUGCCUUGCUGCCCUCCUGUUAUCACUGGAUAAGGUCCACAAAAGUUCAGAGGGAGAAGGAGACCUUGACUUGACCCUGAUAGUCCUGGCUUUCACCACAGAAGGAAACAUCAGGACCUGUCAGAGAGGCACAAACAGCAGGACCAAGCAGGACAUGUGCAGAGGGAGACCUGCAGGCCCCCCAGAGGGAGGUGUGCUUUUGGGGCCCAGGUCAUGAGAAGUGCUGGGGAGACAUUGGCUGGGGAGUUUCACUCUGCUAAUCACAGGAGUCAUGUGGGGUCAUGGUGGUCUGGCUCUUUCAGGGUCUCUAGGUCAGGGUCACCCAGUCCUCGUAAUCCUUGUUGUCCAACACUGCCUGUGUUUGGAGCACAGCCCAUCCCAGUCUCUAAGGACACCUGCCUCUGCUCUGUCAUCUAACGGAGACUCCAGGUGAGCUGCAUUGCUCAGGGUUGGCCACCGAGCUUGUUUGCUCCUGGCCUCUGGGUGUUAUGCUCGAAUUUGGGACCCCCAAAAGACCACCAGAGACCAAGAUCGAUGUAAGCAGCAAAGAGGUGUUUAUUGCAAGCUAGCUCGGUCCUCCAUUCGCACACAGCAACUGGUGACUCUGAGAGGCCCCGAGCCCAGGGUUUGCAGCAGUUUUAUACAUUCUUUGGGGGAAGGCAGGGACCCCCACAUACAUCAUAGCAUCUCUUAGCAAAUCAUCACACACCACAGGAAAAUCAAAUAACAACUCUAAAACAUGAUUAGUGUAUCAAGUGGCGGGAAAGAAUCUGGAAAGGAUUAUUGGUUAGUUCAAGGGGUUGACGCACUUAAAAAUGAUUGGUUUAAACCAUGAGGGUGUCACAAGGGGGGUAGUGCCAAGCUGCAGGGCUUCUAGUUUAGAUAUUGGUCACCACACCUAGGUGGGGCCAUCUGGAAUUUCAGAUAUUUCGAUAUCUUGCUUGUCUUAGGUGAUCACCAUCUGCGGCUUUCCCGAGAACUCUUUCCACAGAGCUUUUCUGUGGUAUUUUCCUGACUUUAGGACUGCAGUAAGUCAGGGGUUAAGUUUCAGAGCAAAAUGAGGACCCAAGUAGAAUGAGGAUGCUUAGGUCUUUCACGGGCUCUCAGGAGCUCAGCCCUGGAGGGGAUGAGCUGGGAACAGACGUAGUGUUCGAGGGGCUUGUGGGUCCGAAGCCAUGGUUCCCUUCCCUUCCUGGGUCUCCUGCUUGCCUGUCACACAGGUGGUAGGAGGAGGAAUGGAAAUGUCACCCAGCUCAUAUCUGGAGCCUUCAGAACACCCUUCUCACCUGUGGUGAAUCACACAGGCCAGGAGGAAGGAGACUCUGGGCUUGGCCCUGCCCCACACUUGGCCUAGGGUUUCUCUCUCUUCACUCCCUCCCUGAGGUGUCCCGUCCACCCCCUGCCUCUGGUCUCCUUCACUGAUCUCUCUUCUUCAUGAGCAGCCAGGGCACCUGCUGGGCUUCCCAAGGACUUUCAGCAGGAGGAUGCGAGGAACCAUCUAGUGCUCCUGGGAUUUGGACUUCUGCCAUCAAGGCAAAGGUGUUUGUGCAAUCAGAGAGGAACAUGACCAUGAGGGACAGUCAGGGUGUGGCUGUUCUGGAAGAUUCCCACAGCCUAAUAACAAGGACUGCUGCAAGAGUCUGUCUUCACCAGGAGAAGUCCAGCCUGACUCCGGAGUUGGUGCCAGCAGCAGUGGUGCUCGGAGUACUUCAGGUGGCAGCUGGCUCUGCAGGGUCUAUGACUUCCACUGUGAGCUGACUUUGGGGCUAUCAUCUGCCUCAUUUCCUCAUGUGCCUGUCAAGAUGGCUGCGGAGACCUGGGAUCCUGAUCUUGGACUUCCCCACGGUCCUCCCCAUUGGUUUCACCAGGUUUCUCUCCUCUCACCUGGCUUGUCAAGUACCUGAGUCUGGAGCCGGAUUCCACACCCACCUUUCUGGACAUCCAUGCUUGUCCAUCUGGGACAUCAUGGUCAGUUCUACAAACACCCACUGGAGACAGCAUGGCCUGCCCGGAUCUCACGUGGAACAGAGGGUACUUGGUUAUUGGUGCUGACAUUUUUCUCCAGACAGAUAUUCUCAGAAGAAACAAAGACUCUGAGACUCCAUGACUCCGCGACUCCACGACUCUGCAGCCACAAUCUCCUCUACUCUGUUCCAUGGACCUCCUUGCUGGAUGAGAGAACCCACGCCGCUGGCACCUGAGCAAGGGUCUGAGGACAUUCGGCUUCCCUGCAGGCACUUCCACGGUGGUUCCAGACUAGUGCGGUCCUGAGCUCCCUACGCACCUCAUUUGUUUGGACUUGCAUUGGCUGAGCCCGUGCCUUCUAAUGUGUGUGUGAACCCUGUGUAGAGCUGCAGUCGCUGGGGCAUUCCACCACACUCGGAUUAACACUUCCAACAUGAUUGUGAGAGGGAGGAUCUUGAUUUCAUUGGAGAAAGAGGGUGCAUCCUUCCAUGGAUGCCGUGUGGAUCAGGAUGUUGCUGUUCCUGAAGCUGAUCUCUUGGAGAAGAGUCCCCUGGUAUGAGUUUUUUUCUCACAGAUGUUCCUGGGAAGAUCUGAGAGGGGUGACUGCGAUCCACGUGCUGACUGAGGAAUUUCUGACUGGAGAAGGCCAGAGAGCAUGAGGGACAAGGAUGGAUCUCUGGCUUUGGUUCUGCUGAAAGAGGAAGUUAUUGGUCAGGACAGAUGUAGACAAGCUGUCUGCGCAUCUUCUUUGCUGUGUGGCAAGGCCUGCAUCACUACUCAGUCUUUAUGUGCUAAGAACACAAGCUAUUUCCCCCCACAGUGUAUUUUUCUAGUACAUUUUUAUUUUAUUUUAUAUGCUCAGAAAUCCAAAAAGCCCAGGUCAAGGGCCUUUUCUCCAUGUCAGCCAGACUAGGGACCUUCCAGUAGCAUCAGAGGCAGCUUCUCUGCCUCUGAUGGAGCUGCAGUGACCACGCCCCACAUGCCAUGACUCUCUUGUAAGACGUGUCCGUCUUGCCCAGCCAUCCUCUGCCACACCCCACACCCUUGCAUAUAGAUUCCUGAACACAUUUCCUGAUAUUCUGUCUGCAGCUAUUUCAUUCUAUUGAGAAAUAACACUUGAUGAAUUAGGUAGAACUUUCUUCAGUGACUUUUCCUAGAGAGGAAAAGGAUCUGUUUAUUAGCUAGGAUCCUCUCAUCCUGGGGAUCUGCAACUGUGGGAGGCCAUAUAGAGGUGUAUCAGUCAGUCUGAAUUUCAGUCCGCCAAUCAAAAAGAAAGAUGUAGUUGAGGACUGUUAUAUGCCUGUCUCUCAAUGAGGAGCAGGGUUCCUGCUGGACAAGAGAAUGUGGCCCAGAACCCACUAACUAAGGGGCUGUGGCUUCUGCUGCGCAACAGCCAUGAACUGCUUCUCUCUGCAUGCUCCACCAAUCAUGAAGUGAAAAUAUGCCCCUCCCCAAGCCUCACAGCAAGCCUUCACUUUUUGACCUAUUUAAUUGUCUUAACCCAUUACAAAUACAACAGGAAUUUCUGUUUCAAAAUAGAUCCUAA